UAUUAGUAUCGAUAGGAAUUUGCAAAAUCCAUUGCUGACUGUCCAAUUGAUUCUCACUCUUAUUCUUUUUCCCUUCAGAAACCUGCAAUUUGUUUCAGGGGCUGAUGCGCCGUUUCUCGUCGCGCGUACCGCGGGUUUCCACCGCAGUACGACGUCCACCGCUCUCCGCCGGACGACGACUGCUUCCAGCUCUCCCCUCCUACCCCUCUUUCUCUUUCUCUGCUGCUUCAAUAUCUUCUUUACCGCAUCUUCCUUCUCUCUCUUCCUCCUCGUCCCUUUCAUCGCCCUUCUCCUCCUCACUCCACUCCCUUCAACCCAUCCGACGACUUUCCCCCAGCGUCUCUCUGGUUCCUUAUAUCUCCAAGCGGCACUGUUCCUAUCGCAGGAUGUGCAGCUCUCGACGUGCCGAAGAGUCAUCUGGCUCGACAAAUAUCCCGGAUGGCCGUGAAGUCCUACCGACGAACGUCAAACCGGUGCAUUAUGACCUUACCCUUGAGCCAGACUUUGAGAAGUUCACCUACGAUGGCACUGUUGUCAUCGACUUGCAGGUCGCUGAGGACACUACUUCCAUCUCCCUCAAUUCCAAUGAAAUCGAUAUCCACACGGCAACCGUCUCUGCGGGUGGAUCUGUCGUUGCCUCGAAUCCUGAAGUUUCCAUCGACACAACCAAGCAGGUCGCUACGGUCAAGUUUGCCGACACCAUUCCCGCGGGGUCAUCAGCCCAGCUGAAAUUGACGUUCACCGGUAUUCUCAAUGACAACAUGGCCGGUUUCUAUCGGUCUUCGUUCAAGAAUGCCAAGGGCGAGACCAAGUACAUCGCCUCUACCCAGAUGGAGCCGACGGAUGCCCGUCGGGCAUUCCCCUGCUUCGAUGAACCUGCGCUUAAGGCUAAGUUCACGGUUACUCUGAUCGCGGACAAGGCUCUCACGUGUCUGAGCAACAUGGACGUUGCAUCUGAGACGGACGUGCAGGAUGGCAAGAAGAAGGCCGUCAAGUUCAACACCUCCCCGCUCAUGUCUACCUAUCUGGUCGCGUUUAUCGUGGGUGAGCUCAAAUACGUCGAGACGCACGAUUUCCGUGUCCCUGUCCGCGUCUAUGCCACCCCAGAUCAAGACAUUGAGCAUGGUCGUUUUGCGCUGAACCUGGCUGCUAAGACCCUCGCUUUCUACGAGAAGGCUUUCGACAGCAAGUUCCCUCUGCCGAAGAUGGACAUGGUCGCCGUUCCAGAUUUCAGUGCCGGUGCUAUGGAAAACUGGGGUCUUAUUACCUACCGCAUUGUCGAUGUUCUGCUGGAUGAGAAGACCAGCAGCGCUUCCCGGAAGGAGCGCAUUGCUGAGACCGUUCAACACGAACUGGCCCAUCAGUGGUUUGGCAACCUGGUUACCAUGGAUUUCUGGGACGGCCUCUGGCUCAACGAGGGCUUUGCCACUUGGAUGUCGUGGUAUUCAUGCAACGUCUUCUAUCCUGAAUGGAAGGUUUGGCAGACCUAUGUCAUUGACAACCUCCAGGGAGCUCUUGGCCUUGACUCCCUGCGCAGCAGCCACCCUAUUGAGGUUCCUGUUAAGCGUGCCGACGAAAUCAACCAGAUUUUCGAUGCGAUUUCCUACUCGAAGGGUUCGUCCGUGUUGCGCAUGAUCUCCAAGUACCUGGAUGAAGAUGUCUUCAUUGAGGGUGUCCGUCGUUAUAUCAGGAAGCAUGCCUAUGGGAACACACAGACUGGUGACCUAUGGGCUGCCUUGGCUGACGCCAGCGGAAAGCCGGUGCAGGAAGUCAUGGAUAUCUGGACCAAGAACGUCGGUUUCCCUGUUGUGACUGUCUCGGAGAACCCUGACAAGUCAACCAUCACAGUGAAGCAGAACCGCUUUCUGCGGACCGGUGACGUUCGACCGGAGGAGGACACUACGAUUUACCCUGUCAUGCUAGGAUUGCGUACUAAGCAGGGCGUUGAUGAGAACACAAUGCUCACUGAGCGCGAAGGCGAAUUCAAGGUUCCUGACCUCGAUUUCUUCAAAUUAAAUGCUGACCACUCUGGUCUUUACCGCACGUCCUAUACUCCCGAGCGCCUGACCAAGCUUGGCGAGGCUGCCAAGAAGGGCCUGCUAACUGUAGAGGACCGUGCGGGUAUGAUUGCGGAUACUGGUGCUCUGGCUUCCUCCGGCUACCAGCGCACUUCGGGUUUGUUGUCGCUUCUCAAGAGUUUUAACACCGAGUCAGAGUUUGUUGUGUGGAACGAGAUUCUGUCCCGCGUCGGCACCAUUCGUGCUGCCUGGAUGUUCGAAGAUAACCAGACCAAGGACGCUCUUAAAGCAUUCCAGCGUUCUUUGGUUAGCGGGAAGGCUCACGAAUUAGGCUGGCAGUUCUCUGCCGAUGACGACCACAUUCUGCAGCAAUUCAAGGCACUCAUGUUCGGUGCUGCAGGCAUGGCUGACGACCCGGUUGUUGUCAAGGCUGCCCAGGAGAUGUUCCAGCGUUUUGCAGAAGGUGAUCUGAAUGCAAUCCACCCUAACAUCCGCGGCAGCGUCUUCUCCAUUAUUUUGCAGAACGGAGGUGAAAAGGAGUACGAUGUUGUGCUUGACCGAUUCCGGAACGCAGCUACCUCUGAUGAGUCGACAACCGCCCUCCGCUGCCUCGGUGCAGCAAAGGACGCGGCCUUGAUCAAGCGUACGUUGGACCUUGCCAGCAGCAAUGAGGUCAGGAACCAGGAUAUCUAUAUGCCCCUCAGCGGCCUGAGAAAUCACACCGCUGGUGUUGAGGCACGCUGGGUCUGGUUGAAGGAGAACUGGAAUGCGCUUUACCAGCGUCUUCCGCCUUCACUGGGUAUGCUUGGCACCGUUAUCCAGAUUUCCACCAGCAGCUUGUGUACGGAGGAGCAGUUGAAGGAUGUACAGGCGUUCUUCGGCGAAAAGGAUACCAAGGGCUUUGACCGUGCUCUCUACCAAAGCGCCGAUGCGGUCACGGCAAAGAUCAACUGGGUUAAGCGGGAUGGGGAGGAUGUUUCCGCUUGGCUUAAGGCGAACGGGUAUUUUGCAACUGAAAAGCUUUGAAUGGGGGCAGAGCUCUAGAAGGCAGCAUGGCCGAAGGGAUCUUUGGGAUGUCCCUUUUGGUGCAUUUCUUCUGUCUUGCAUUGGACUGGGCUAUGAGCAGUGCGGUUCGCGGGUGAAAUGGGAUUUGGCGAGUGAGCUUUGAUCUUCACCCAUCUAAGUAAACCUACACCAUUCCCUGCAAGGAGCAGGUUAGAUAGUUAUAAAAUUGAUGAUCGACUAAGAUAAAUAUUUAUCGGCA